UCGGACACCAGUUGUCUCAAGAGGAGCACCUUGUAUAUUUGUGCAAUACGCGCAGCCAAUCUGUGGCUUGGGGGGCGACUGCGGUGGUCUGGCCAACUCGGCGUGUGAUGGCAGUCUGUGUACCUGCAGCAUCGGAUAUAACUAUAACCCUGUCACGAACGCUUGUGACACCUUGGAUAAUUGUGCCGAAUUUCUGGACACAUUUUCAGUUUAUUUGGGCAUCUUCAGUUUUUAUUCUGAAGAUGAGAGGCGCCCAGCGACAUCUGUUCAGCAGUGUUUGGACAUGUGUGUCGGCUCUACUACUAUUACCUGCAAAAACUUUGAGGUGUCAUCGCUGAUAAUCUUGACGUGCUAUAUGCACCAGACCACGUGGUUUGAGUUUCCAACAUCGGUGCAUUCACAUGGAGCUGCCUACAACCACUAUCAGCGGAACUGUGAUUGGAAAACAGUGACCGUUGGCACUGGCUGCAGAGAAAACGUGGACUGUUCCCCGUUGACUAACGCCGAAUGCGUGGCGGGUAAAUGCGCGUGUAACAGCGGAACCCGCCUGGUACCCAGGGUCAACAAAUGUCUCACAUUCCAAGGAUACGGCAAGGGUUGUACUGCUGACAGUGACUGCUACUCUCUGCUGGAAGCCUUCUGUCUGUCGGGAGUGUGUACAUGUAGACACGGAUACAGCUAUUCGCCAGCUGGACAGUACUGUAGGGCCUUAAAAGAGUGCACAAAGUUUAAGGAUACAUUCACCACGUAUCCAGACUCGGUGAUUCUUCUUCACGACGUUGGGUCUUAUAUAUUCUCUAACCCAACCAAAUGUAAAAAUUCAUGUAUCAAUUCCGGAAUCUUCUGCAAGUCUGCCGACCUCAGUGUGCUGGCCGUCUGCUUUACGUCCGAUGUCACAUGGCAGGAGGCGACCGGUGAAACGUCCAGCUUCGACACGACAUAUACCCACUUACAGCGUGACUGUGACUGGUCUUAACUAGUGGAAUUGUGGACGACGUUUAAAAACUAAGGCCUUAUUUUAUUAUUAUUUAUUUUUUAUUAUAGGAUAUUUAUAUAGCGCACAUAUCCACGCACUA